AUGGCGAGGCAGAACUUUGUGGGAUAUGUUAUUUCCCAAGGAAAGAUGGACAAAACCAUCAAGGUGAGAGUGCUGCAAAAAUACUACGAUGCAAAGGUCCACAAGGAUCUGUUCAAGCGUAAAGACUUCCUCGUGCAUGAUGAAGGUAACAUCUGCAAGGAAGGCGAUCUGGUACGGAUCGAGGCCACCAGACCAUUAUCAUCAAGGAAGUUUUUUGCGGUUGCUGAGAUCAAAAGAAAUAUUGGUCAGCAGUUCGCGAAAUACGCAGAAGAGGCCAAACAAAGGGUCAGCGAGGAAGAACAGCUGAAGACCAGAGAGUUCCUAGAGAGAACACAACUGAAGGAUAAUGAUCAACAGCUCGUCUUUUUGGGUGAUUUGCGCACGGUUGCUUCCCUCAAAGGCAAGGAACUGACUCCAGAAGAACAGGAAACAGUUUCUAACCUCAAAAAGAAGUACAUGAUUCAGACUUGGGAUGAUCAGCAACUGUUCCAGAUGGAAUUCGAGAGAUUGGAAGAAAAAGUCCAAGACUUGUUGCAAGAUUACAAAUUAACCCAGACUUUGCAGAGCAUAAUAGCAAGCCCUGAUAAGUCUGCAGAGGUGUUGCAGCGGACCGGGCUAUCUGGUGAGGAAAUCGAGAAAAUGCGCAGAAACGUCAGGAAGAACAUAAUUAGAAAGUUCUUGAAGAAAGCUGAUGAUGCCACAUUAUUGCAAUUGGGAAUUCAAUUAUAA